AUUUCCCCAGGCUUACUGCCAGGUGGCCAGUAACACGGAGUGUCCUUGUGUUUUGGAUGGCUCUCCUGAUUUAACAUCCCCCUACAGUACCUGCGUCUGUGGCCUCCGCUGCGUCUUAAAUGUACUGCUAAUUGGUUGCCGCCACUUAUUCACAAUUCCCCUGCUUAGCAUAGGCUUUUCCUCUUUUGCUGUGUUUCUUACCGUCUGCUCAGAAGCAGGCGGAAUACAGAGACCAUGGCUCUGGGCGGCCGACGACGAUCAUGUAGCUCGCUACACUUCUUUCCCUCUUCUCCUAUCCUUUCCGUCGUGAUCGUUCCGUUCCUUCUUUUCUUUCUAAGCUUCCCCGCUCCCACAUCUGCCGCAGGCUCUGCAGUUCUCGGGAUCGAUGUUGGCACAGAGUACCUGAAAGCCGCGUUAGUUAAGCCAGGAAUCCCUCUGGAAAUUGUCCUUACCAAGGAUUCGAAGCGCAAGGAGUCCGCUGCGGUUGCCUUCAAACCCUCAAGGCAGAGCGACGCUGUUUUCCCAGAACGAUUUUACGGUGGCGACGCACUUGCGCUGUCUGCUCGAUACCCCGAUGAUGUCUACGUGAAUCUCAAGACGCUCAUUGGACUCUCCUUCAAUGGUGGAGAGGAUGAAGUGGUCAAAACCUACCAUGAACGCUAUCCGGCACUGAAACUGGAAAGCGCCCCCGGCGAGCGAGGCACCGUCGGACUUCGAAGCAACAGACUUGGCGAGGAGGAAAAGAAAGAGGCCUUCCUUGUCGAAGAGCUUCUGGCUAUGCAAUUAAAACAAAUCAAAGCCAACGCUGAUGGUCUGGCUGGCAAGGGAUCCGACAUUAGAGAUGUCGUGAUUACCUAUCCUGCGUUCUACACCGCGGAUGAAAAGAGGAGUUUGCAAUUGGCAGCAGAAUUGGCGGGUCUGAAUGUUGAUGCUCUCAUCAGCGAUGCGCUUGCUGUUGGGAUUAAUUACGCCAUGAGCCGAACAUUCCCCAGUGUCUCUGAUGGACAGAAGCCCGAGUACCACGUCGUUUACGAUAUGGGGGCCGGCUCUACUACCGCCGCCGUUCUCCGCUUCCAGAGCCGUACAAUGAAGGAUGUUGGCAGAUUCAACAAGACAGUACAGGAGGUUCAGGUUGUGGGAGCGGGCUGGGACAAGACACUCGGAGGUGACUCCCUGAACGACGUCCUCGUUAAGGAUAUGGUUGAUCAGCUAGUUGACGACAAGAAACUAAACGGCCGUGUUGCUGUUGAGGAUUUGCGGGCACAUGGAAAGACAAUGGCAAGACUUUGGAAGGACUCCGAAAAGAUUCGUCAGGUUCUGAGUGCCAAUACUGAAACCAGCGCGUCUUUUGAAAGUCUCUACGAGGAGGACUUCACCUUCAAGUAUCGUGUCUCCCGCUCGAGGCUUGAGGAGCUCGCAGAGCAACAUAUCGCUCGUCUUGGAAAGCCCCUUGAAGAUGCCUUGGCCGCAGCAGGAUUGCAGUUGAAUGAUAUCGAUUCUAUCAUUCUACAUGGUGGAGCGAUUCGCGCACCUUUUGUUCAGAAGGAGCUAGAAAAGGUUUGCGGAGACUCUAGCAAGAUUAGAACCAAUGUCAAUGCAGACGAGGCCGCGGUUUUUGGUGCGGCGUUCAAGGGAGCCGGACUCAGUCCGAGCUUUCGUGUCAAGGACAUCCGGGCGAGCGAUGCGUCUGGGUACCCUGUCGUGCUGAAGUGGCCCUCAGAAUCCAAGGAAAGACAGCAGAAGCUGUUCACACCUACUUCGCAAGUUGGACCAGAGAAGCAAGUGACCGUGAAGAACCUGGAAGAUUUUGAGUUUAGCUUCUACCAACAAGUGCCGGUUAAUGGGGAUGUGGCUGAGCUACCUGUCCUCUCCGUGAAGACACAGAAUCUGACCGCCUCCGUUGAUAAGCUGAAGGAUAGCUUCGGGUGCUCAACUGCAAACAUCACCACCAAGUUUUCUAUCAGGUUGAAUCCUCUUAAUGGUAUUCCUGAAGUCUCGGGUGGUUCCGUGAGCUGUGAAGUAGAAACCUCCAAGAAAGGAAGCGUUGUCGAGGAUGUCAAAGGAUUCUUUGGUCUAGGCUCCAAGAAGGAGCAGGAGGCCCUUAGUGAAGAAGGAGAGCCCAGCGAGUCCAUUACCCUGGAGGCCGACGAGCCUCAAGCAUCGACGUCCUCCGCAGACGAUGCUGCGCCUACUUCUGUGAAAGAGAACAAAAAGGCAACACCCCAAACUCGGCUUGAAACAAUUCCUAUUAGCCUCGUCGCCACUCCGCUCGGCGUCCCUGCUCCAUCUGAAGCUGAACUCGCCCGCAUCAAGAACCGCCUUAAUGCGUUUGAUGCUUCGGACCGUGACCGCGUCCUCCGUGAGGUCGCCCUGAAUGAACUAGAAUCUUUCAUUUACAAGAGCCGGGACCUGACCGAGGACGAAGAGUUCACGAAAGUACUGAAGCCCGAGCAACUGACCGACCUUACCGAGAAAGUUUCCGCGGCCAGUGACUGGAUCUACGAGGACGGCGCUGACGCCAAAACGUCGGAACUGCGUGAGAAAUUGAAGUCUCUUAAAGACGUUGUCAAUCCAGCCUUGAAGCGGCAGCAAGAAAACGCGGCUCGUCCAGCCCGCGUGGAACUACUUCGGGAGACUCUCAAGAAUUCCAAAAUGGUCAUGGAUGUCAUGGAAAAGCAGAUCCAACAAGAUGAGGAAAUCCAUUCCGCCAAUCUUCCUGAAUCAAACACCAGCGAAACGGAAUCCUCCAGCUCCGAAAUCCCUUCGCCAUCCGCCGACGCCGACGACCUCGACGAUGACGCUUACGCCACCUCUACUUCUUCCAAGACUUCCUCUGCCACAAGCACUCCCAAGCCUGCUUCCCCCAAAUACUCCGUCUUUCAACCAUCCGACCUCACCAGCCUGUCUAAGACCUACGAGUCCACCAACACAUGGUUCGAAACCCAGCUUGCCCUCCAGGAGCAGCUGACCGAAACGGAUAACCCGGCUCUAACAGUGGCGGAGAUCGACUUCCGUCUCAAGGAGCUCGAACGCACCAUGAACCGCAUUUACGAGAAGAUGGGCGCGGCCGCCAAAAAGGCGUCCAACGACCAAUCUUCCAAGAAGAACAGCAAGAAAGAGAACAGCACCGACAAAUCAAAGAAGCCUACCUCGUCCAAGGACCAGGAACCGGCCCAGGAGACCCAGGAGAAGAAAGAGGGAAAGAAACCCCAGUCCAACGUGAAAGACGAGUUGUAGUCAUGACUUUUUUUUUUUUUUUUUUAAUAUUGUUU